UCCCAUAACCUUGAUGUAUGUUCCCAGUGAAAGAAACAACUUGGGCCAACAAUCAUUCUCCAAGAAUUCAAGAGCUGUCAACUUUGCCACUGUGGCUGAACAUGAGUUAACGAGUAAACAACUGGCCUCAGAUUUAUCAUCUAACACCUCCAAGACUCGUGACAUUUUUUUUUCAAACAGUGUAACCUGUUCUUCCUGACCUGUCUGUGAAACGUUCCAGAUCUCUAUCUCCAAGGAGCUGUACUGGAGAAACAGAAGAAUUGAUGAAAGUAAACAAAACAGAACAAAAGAUUGAGACCCUUGAGAAACUUUUAAAAAUGAAGGACAAAGAGAAUGAGGAAUUGAGGAGAGCUCAUGAUCAGCGACUGGAGCGUCUACGAGCUUUACAAAGCAACUACAGAAUGCUUAAGGGCCAACUAAAGAACCUGGAAGUGGAACAAAUCAAAAAUAAAAAUGGCAAAAUCAAAAUACAGCGUGCUGAGCCCUGGCAGUUGCGGCAGGAAGACUGUGAUGGUGUAUGGAAUGAACUAGCAUACUUCAAACAGGAACACAAAAAGCUAUUGACUGAAAAAACUCUCAUGUUCGUUGUUGCUUGUAUUUAUUUAGGCAUGUUCUCGAGAAAAGAAAACGCAAAGAAAUCAAUGGCUGAGAACAGUGAAAACUGA